AUGGCGUCGAGCGAGAGUGGUGAUUUUCAAAAAGUGUUGGAGUAUCGAAUUUACAAGUGUUCCAGUUAUUCUUCCUGUUAUAGACCCGAAAAUAUUAUCGUCGAUAUACCGUCGGAUCAGUCAUCACGUUGGUCCUCCGACAUCGACAAUCAUCCACAGUUCCUCAUCCUUAAACUUCAAAGCCCCUCCAUCGUCAAGUGCAUCACUUUUGGCAAAUAUGAGAAGACCCAUGUAUGUAAUAUAAAGAAGUUUAAGAUAUUCGGUGGUUUGGAACCUGAGAAUAUGAUGGAACUCCUCGAAAGUGGGCUGAGGAAUGAUUCUAUACCAGAGACAUUUGAUCUCAAACAUGUUUUAGGGAAUGAAGCAAAUUACUUUCCUAUCCGUUACGUAAAAGUUCUUCCGUUGCAGUCGUGGGGUCCCAGUUUUAAUUUUUCUAUAUGGCACAUCAGAUUAACCGGUAUCAAUGACCCUAAGGUCAUUAAACCCUGUCUCGAGUGGUUCAAUACGUACCGGCAGAAGGAGAUAAUAAGACUGUGCAUGAAACACUUCCGGCAAAUGGAACAGCCCGAGAUUGUGGAAACCUUGCAGAGGGUCACCGGAGUUCCCCUGGAAGAUCCACGACUGUCAACGCUGUACGAACUUUUGGUUACCAAGGGCGAUCAUUUGCAGGCAGAGCGUUUUAUCAGCAACGCGCUCACGAUGGGACUCUUAAACGAUUAUAUCAAUGCUCAAACUUAUAGAGCAAUUUGGACGAAGUUAUCGUCCAGCGAGCCCAAGCCUGGGAUGCGGGGCGGUCAUCAGAUGGUGCUUGAUCCGACGGCUGAGGUACUUUAUCUUUUUGGUGGAUGGGACGGUAAUCAGGAUCUCUCUGACCUGUGGUCGUACGACAUAGAGACCGGCAAAUGGACCCUCAUAUGCAAGGACACUGAAGCGGUGGGAGGGCCUAGCGCGCGUUCAUGCCACAAGAUGUGCUUAGAUCCGCAGAGACGGCAGCUCUUCACAUUGGGCAGGUACUUGGACACGCAGUAUCGUACCUGUGAGAAUUUAAAAAGCGACUUUUAUGUUUACGAUAUCGAGUCGAACAAAUGGACGCAAAUCUCAGAGGACACCGGAACGAUAGGUGGGCCACCGCUUGUAUUUGACCAUCAAAUGUCAAUGGACGUAGAGAAGCGAACUAUCUAUGUUUUUGGUGGACGAGUACUAACUCAUCAGAAUAGUGCCGACGAACACAGUGUAAUGCCGGAGCCACAUUUCUCGGGAUUGUAUUCUUACCACGUGCCAACCGGCACGUGGGUCAGACUCGCCUGUGAUAUUGCCGAUAAACAGUGCUCGAGAGACAUGCCUAUCUACAGAUCCCGCGCUGGUCAUUCCAUGCUGUUUCACCCGCGGUCAAGAAAACUAUACAUAUUCGCCGGUCAAAGAGGAAAAGAAUAUCUCAGCGAUUUCUUCACGUACGAGGUUGAUACGCAACACAUCGAGUACAUAAGCUACAACGAGUUCGGCACGACGAAGGAUUCUAAUCAUGUUCCCGCGGCUGGAUUCACGCAGAGAGCGACCAUCGAUCCUGAACUCGGCGAGAUCUACGUUCUGUCGGGUUUGAGCAAAGACAAAGAUAAGAGGGACGACAACGUGCAAAAUUCUUUUUGGGUAUACAAUAUUCAGAACAGCAAAUGGUCUUGUAUAUAUCGUAACGAGAACGUCGGUGAAAAAUACUGGAGCAAGAUGCAGGAUUAUGAACCAUGUCCGCGAUUUGCACACCAACUCGUUUAUGAUCACACUAGAAAGGUUCAUUUUCUGUUCGGCGGCAAUCCCGGCAGAUCCUGCCUUCCAAAUUUGCGACUCGACGACUUUUGGCAAUUGGAACUGCGUCGACCCACGGGCGAACAGAUUUUGAAAAGGUGCAAGCUGAUCAUCAGAAAGCAUAAGUUCAAAGAGCUCGCCCUGAACAAUAGUAUAGAAGCCCUCGAGUACCUGCAGACAAAGAUCUUCGAAAUUAUCGACCACAGUGACAUGCAACAAACGAAAGAGUUUCAACUCUUGACAUCGAUCUUAUUCCGGAAACAGAAUAACUCACUGGAGGACGCCUCUCAUUCUAGCACGAUUCUGAAUGAGCUGACGACUGGCGUGGCGACGCAACAAUGCGCGAACGCGCGUGAUGUACAUAACUUGCGAACUGAGCUAUACAACAAACUCGCGGAAUUUUUCCCGGAAUCGUUGACGCAGCCGCGGGCGAAUCUGAUCGAUCUCCUACCGUUAUAAUGACACAGCGAGCG